AUGUCUUAGCUAAAAUGUUAAAAUGAUAAUCAUGAAGAAAGUUCAAUAUUAGGAGUUUGUAUAGAUACAAAAUGUAAAUACUCUAGAGCAUAUUGUGUUGCUUGUAAAAUUGAAUUCCAUAGAGGACAUGAAGAUAAAUUACAGCCUUUUUCAUAACUAAACAAGUGGAUUGCUUAAAGUUUUAAUUAUUAUCAAAAUCUUCUAUAAUUUAAUGGAUCAAUUCUUUAAUUUUAAAAUCUAUUACAUGAAACAAUCAAUUUAUUAUAAUUUAACAAAGAAAUAGAUAUCUUUUAGAUGAGCAUUGAAUAAUUAACAAAUUUUGUAAAUAAAUUAUUAGUAGUAGAAGAAAUAGAAACUAAAGUCUCUCCUUAAAUUAAAUAAAUUUAUCAAGAAAUUAAUGUUUUUUAAAGUGUGUGUAAAACUGCACUUUAAUAAUUUUCUAUAGUGAAAGAUUUUAAAAUAAAAGAGAAAAUUUUAUUAAUUGGUAAUAUUCCUUAAAUACAAACAUAAAACAUUUAGCUAAAGAGAGUUGAUUUUUGUAAAUUUUCUGAAAAAUAUAGAAAUAUUUAGAAAACUUAGAUAGAAAAAGAUGGAAAAUAAGCUAGUGGGAUUGGAUAUGUUAUGUGUGAUUAUUUAAUACCUAAAAAUGGGGAAAGUCUAUUAAGAUUUAAUUAUGUUAGUGGAUUUACUUUGUCUUUAGGAUUAUGUCAUCCAAAGAAAUUAAUAGAAUCAAAUUUCUAAAAUUAAUAAUUAUCCAGCAAAGAACAUGGGUAAUUGUUUGUUCUAUGAUAGUUUAUAUUUAGUUUAAAGCAAUGGUUUAAUUUACUCUCAUUUGGAUUCAUCAAUUAAUGGUUAUAAUCUUAAAGAUAAGAUAUUUCCACAGGACAUAAUUGAGUUAAAGAUAAAUAUGUAGUUACAAUCGGUAACUUGGAUUGUUAAUUAAAAAAAAAUAUAUGUACACAUAUUAAUAUAUAAUGUAGACGAUGAGAAUUGAUACAACAUAAGAUUUAUAUCCAAUAGCAGAUAUUUGUGGAGUAGUUUAAAUAGUAGAUGAAUUAUGA